AUGGCACGCGACCCGACGUCAAACCACGGAGGCCGCCAACAUAUCGAUUUUGGCUCACUUUCCCCUAGGCGCUCGCGCCGCCCGACACCAGAGAUGGCGUUCAACUUCAACUGGUCGCCCCUGAUGGCGGAUGCUGGAUUCUAUACUCGCGCCCAGGAUUUGCUCACAGCCGCGCUGAACAAGUCGCCAAAGCCUCCGAUCAUCGUGGGCGACAUCACGGUUACAGAGCUGAAUUUGGGAUCAAUACCACCAGAGCUUGAAAUUUUGGAGAUAGGGGAUCUGGCAGAUGACCGGUUCCGUGGAAUAUUCAAGAUGUCUUACUCUGGAGACGCAUAUCUCACCCUAAAAACCCGCGUACAGGCGAAUUCGCUGAAUACGUAUAUGGUGACUCGUCCUUCGUUCACUUCCCCAUGUCCACUUGCCGCGGAGCUGUCCCUUCGGCUAUGGGUACCAGAGCAUCGAGGACAUGAUAUUGAGGUUGAGGCUGAUGAAGAGGCAGGUCCAGGCCAAGAUCCUCUACUUAGUCCUCCCCAAGAUCCUGUGGAUGCGUCUGGAAACGUUCUGAGCGUCUCCCAGAUCGCGUCUCUAUCACUUGACUCUGGGGUUGAAAUGCACUCUUUAUUCUCGCAGCGGAAUUUACUACGACUGGCCACUUUGACCGACUCUCAACGAACUCUCUCAUUGUUUACCCCCACAAUCCACGACGUUGUCUUUAGGGCGUUAACUGGAGCCAUGGAGCAAUCGGAGUACCAUGGAGGCUUAAUUUCACCUGCCAGUCCUCCUCUUUCCAGAACUCACUCCCACGUUGCGUCUCUGCACUCCUUACAAGAGUCAUCUAUGAAUAAACCUGCUCUAGGUUCUCCACUGGUUGGAUGCGGUCUUUCCAUGGGCGCUGGUCGCCAUCCAAGAACACGCCCGUCCAGGAAACAUAAACGACGCGUUGUGGACUUGCGAAAGCCCAAAAAAUCAGACGACACCUCAAGCACUUGCACAGAUAGCGAAUAUACGGUCUCUACCGAUGCAUCAACGGUCUUCUCGUCAUCUGUCCGAGCCGAGGAGAAAACGGAUGACCCUAUUACUCCGCCAAUCUCCCCAGAUGCCACCAUCAAGGUUAAAGAUCACUCGCGAGUUCCAGUAUUGCAAAGCCUCGGCCCAUCCAUAACGGCCAAAGCUGGUCAGACAACUCCUACAGUUGAAGCUGAGAAACAGGCUCUUAGAGCCGGAGAGCCCUCGACCAUCCCACGUCAAAACACCCCUAUCUUUGCGGCCCAUGAAAAGGCUGACGAUAACAUUACGUCCUUCAAUGGAGUUCCACCCAGCAUGUUGUCAUUCGUGGCCGCGAACCCGGAUCGAAGCAUCCUAGAACAGGCCUGGAUGAUGAAGCUAGCGAACGAAAUCAGUCGCAGAAUCCAAGAGGGCAAAGGUCCAGGAAGUGUUGGCACCAGCAACUACUGCGGCCGUCAAACCCGAGAUCCCUCGCCACCCCCAGCUUAUGGACAGUGA